GGACCCCCUUCCAGGCAAACCGGCAAGCCAGGGACAACCCUCCCAGGCAAACCGGCGAGCCAGGGACCCCCUCCCAGGCAAACUGGAGAGCCAGGGACCCCCUCCCAGGCAAACCGUAGAGCCAGGGACCCCCUCCCAGGGAAACGGGAGAGCCAGGGACCCCCUCCCAGGCAAACCGGCAAGCCAGGGACAACCCUCCCAGGGAAACGGGAGAGCCAGGGACCCCCUCCCAGGCAAACUGGAGAGCCAGGGACCCCCUCCCAGGCAAACGGGAGAGCCAGGACCCCUCCCAGGGGAAACGGAGAGCCAGGACCCCUCCCAGGCAAACCGGCAAGCCAGGGACAACCCUCCCAGGAAACGAGAGCCAGACCCCCUCCCGGGCAAAACUGGAGAGCCAGGGACCCCUCCCAGGCAAACGGGAGAGCCAGGGACCCCUCCCAGGCAAAACCGGCGAGCCAGGGACCCCUCCCAGGCAAACCGGCGAGCCAGGGACCCCCUCCCAGGCAAACUGGAGAGCCAGGGACCCCCUCCCAGGCAAACGGGAGAGCCAGGGACCCCUCCCAGGCAAACGGGAGAGCCAGGACCCCUCCCAGGCAAACGGGAGAGCCAGGGACCCCUCCCAGCAAACGGGAGAGCCAGGGACCCCUCCCAGGCAAACUGAGAGCCAGGACCCCUCCCAGGCAAACCGGGCGAGCCAGGGACCCCUCCCAGGCAAACGGGAGAGCCAGGGACCCCCUUCCAGGCAAACGGGAGAGCCAGGGACCCCCUCCCAGGCAAACGGGAGAGCCAGGGACCCCCUCCCAGGCAAACGGGAGAGCCAGGGACCCCCUCCCAGGCAAACUGAGAGCCAGGGACCCCUCCCAGGCAAAUGGGAGAGCCAGGACUCCCUCCCAGGCAAACUGGAGAGCCAGGGACCCCCUCCCAGGCAAACGGGAGAGCCAGGGACCCCUCCCAGGCAAACUGGAGAGCCAGGGACCCCUCCCAGGCAAACGGAGAGCCAGGGACCCCUCCCGAGGCAAACUGGAGAGCCAGGGACCCCUCCCCAGGCAAACGGGAGAGCCAGGGACCCCCUUCCAGGCAAACAGGAGAGCCAGGGACCCCUCCCAGGGCAAACUGGAGAGCCAGGGACCCCCUCCCAGGCAAACGGGAGAGCCAGGGACCCCUUCCCAGGCAAACUGGAGAGCCAGGGACCCCUUCCCAGGCAAACUGAGAGCCAGGGACCCCCCAGGCAAACGGGAGAGCCAGGGACCCCUUCCAGGCAAACGGGAGCCAGAGACCCUCCCAGGCAAACGGGAGAGCCAGGACUUCUCCCAGGCAAACGGGAGAGCCAGGGACCCUUCCCAGGCAAACUGGAGAGCCCAGGACCCUUCCAGGCAAACGGAGAGCCAGGGACCCCUUCCAGGCAAACGGAGAGCCAGGACCCCUCCCAGGCAAACGGGAGAGCCAGGGACCCCCUCCCAGGCAAACGGGAGAGCCAGGGACCCUCCAGGCAACCGGCGAGCUAGGACCCUCCAGGAAACUGAA